UUGUAUAGUAUAGCUAUAAAUAAGGACCUCUUGUAUUGUAUUGCUCAUCCAAUAUCAAUAACAUAUUUUCUCCCGUACCUUCUCACAGAUUUAUUUUGGGAAGAUGCUGCUGGACAACCUUAGAGAUAUUGUUGUUAACCAUUAUUUUGAAUUUGACUAUUAUCUUCAGUAUUUUCUUUUUUCCUUUUUCCAUGCAAUGAAGAUCAACAAGGAAGCACAAGAUCUAGAGGGACGUGAAGAAGCCAUCAAAGCAAAGGAAACGCAUGAAAUCCAACAGGAAGUGAGGACUGUGAAAAAUGAGAUCCACACUAUAGUAGAGAAGUUUGAGAGCCAACUCAGAAAUGCAAGUGCUGACGAGAUUAAUCCACUUGUGAAAAAAGCUGAAUCUGCUAUUGCAUCGAUAGUUGAAGCUCAUCAGCCUAGUAAAGAUUCUCUAUUCAGAGAAAUAGGCCAGAGCCUUUACACACCUCAGAUCGGAGAACAAGUAUAUGUGAAGGCCUUUGGAAAUAAGUUAGCCACUGUAGUUGAGGAACCUGGGGAUGAUGACAGUAUCCUUGUUCAAUAUGGAAAAAUCAGAGUCCGCGUGGGCAAACGUAGUGUAAGACCCAUUCCCCCUGAUGCUUCUUCCGGUGCAGCUGUCCUGAAAACCCAGGUACAGCGGAUCAAGAGUCUUAGGGACCUUGGAAGUCUUGCUGAAGCAGGCAAAAAUCAACAGGAUUCUUAUGGCCCUGUGCUGCAGACAUCUAAAAACACCAUAGACUUGCGUGGCCUGAGAGUGGAGGAUGCUUCACACCAGCUCAACAUGGCUAUUGACUCAAGAGCGCCUAAUUCUGUUCUUUUUGUUAUUCAUGGGAUGGGCACUGGGGUUGUAAAAGAAUCUGCACAUAAAUUACUAAGAGAUCAUCCUCGUGUUGUUAAGUUUGAACAGGAAAGUCCUAUGAAUUAUGGUUGUACAGUUGCUUAUAUCAAAUGAAACACUUCUCAAAACCCAGGUAAAGGUAAUAUACACACUGAAUGGUGUUUAUCUGACAAUUCUUGUCUUGUA